AUGGUCGGGUGCCGAUCUCUUCUAACGGUCCUUGUGACUUUGGCGGCCGUUGUAAAAAGCCAACAAUGCUAUGGUGUGGACGGAUCGCUGCUCGAUAAAUCAUACACGCCAUGCAACCCCAGCGCAAAUGUUAGCGGUUGCUGCGCGAGCGGCGACAUUUGCCUGAGCAAUGGACUGUGCAUGGGAACUCAAGGAGCCUCGAUUGGCGUCAUCUUUUCAAGAGGCUGCACAGAUUCCACCGGAAAGGAUAUAGCAUGCCCACAGCAAUGCUCCAGUGCUUCCAGCAACUCAAACAGUGCAUCCACAGUUACUGCAUGGCAACUCCAAACCUGCGACUCUGGAGAAUACUGCUGCCGUGCAGCCAACUCCACCAAAAGCUGCUGCAACAACCCCACAGCACCCCGAGUCACAUCACCUCUCAGCGCCACUCUCCAGAUACCAGCCCCAGCCUCAACACCAGCAACCAACAGCCCCGACCAAGAACCCGCAUCCUCCAGCCCUAUGUCCACACCACCAGCCACUUCCGACUGCCAGGAAGAAAAGACCCACACAGCCAUUGUCGGCGCCAUCCUCGGAGGCCUGCUUGGCGGCAUCAUACUUGGCCUUGUCGUUGCCGUGCGAUGGAUGUACAAGCGCGAGCGCCGCCAGCGCCGCCUCAAAGAACACUACGAGACGCAAAUGUCAAAGACGAAUGCCUACCGCAAGGCCCUCGAGGAGACCGUCGGCUCAGCGAGACCCAGUCUCUCUCUCGAACAAGUCGUGUCAAAGUCCUAG